AUGAGACCGAUUCUUCUCCAAGGACACGAGCGUGCGCUCACACAAGUCAAAUUCUCGAAAGAAGGCGACCUCAUCUUCUCCGUCAGCAAAGAUCACAUGGUAUGCGCCUGGUACUCGGCCAACGGCGAACGAUUCGGCACAUACAAGGGACACCAGGGAGCUCUCUGGACCGUCGACGUCGACCCGACCACCACCCUCCUCGCGACCGGCGGCGCCGACAACACAAUCCGACUAUGGGAAGUGAAGACGGGCAAACUCCUGAAGACAUGGGAAUUCGGCACAGCCAUCAAACGGGUGGAAUUCUCUGAAGACGGACGACAACUGCUCGGCGUGACGGAAAAGCGCCAGGGACAACUCAGCUCGAUCGUGGUCUACGACAUCAACCAGGACGUCGACGGCGAGCAACCCGACGAACAAUCCCUGCGCAUCAUCGUCGACGACGUCCCCAAAGUCACCGUCGCCGGCUUCUCCUACCUCAGCCAAUUCAUCAUCUCCGGCCAUGAAGACGGCAGCGUGACGCAAUACGAUGCCAAAUCCGGCGAGGAAAUCUUCCACACCUUCCCCCAUGACGACGGCAUGCAAGUCACCGAUCUGCAGUGGAGUUCCGACCGCACAUACUUCAUCACCUCCUCCAAGGACAAGACGGCCAAACUCAUCGACGCCAAGACCCUUGACGUGCUGAAGACCUACGUCGCCGACACACCCCUCAACAGCGCCGCCAUCACCCCCGAACCCACCAACUAUGUCAUUCUUGGAGGUGGACAAGCCGCCAUGGAUGUGACUACCACCUCAGCAAGACAAGGAAAGUUCGAAGCUCGAUUCUACCACAAGGUGUUUGAAGAGGAGAUUGGUCGUGUGCGUGGACAUUUCGGACCGUUGAACUACGUCGCUGUAGCACCUACGGGCACGUGCUACUGCAGUGGUGGAGAGGACGGAUAUGUGCGUGUGCAUCACUUUGAUAGCCCGUACUUUUCGUUCAAGUUUGAGGUGGAGAAGGAGAGCGAGCGGGAGGGACGGAUGUGA